AUGGACAUCAUAAAGGAAUGUGAUGCCAGUCGGGAUGUACAAAAUGGCAAGGUCGGAUUCGGAUCCGGUGGUUCCGGAUCCAAACUCAACGCUCUAUUUUCCCGAUCCGUGAAGCAAAUUCCAUACAACAUCUCAGUGAUCGAAAUCACAUCUCCAAUCAUCGCGCCAGGCGUUCUAAACCGAUCUCAGCCGUUGGAUGUAAACAUCAGUAGCUUGCUGGAAAAGUCAGGGUGCAAAACAUUUGCAAAACUAAUUUCAGACACCGGAGUGUUACAGAUCUACGAAACGACCGAGCCGAGAGGCCUCACGGUGUUUGCACCGUCGGAUGCAGCGUUUAACGCUGCAUCCUUACCAGAUUUUAAAAACUUAUCGAAUAACGAUCUCAUUUCGCUGUUGUUGUAUCAUGCACUUCCGGUUUAUGUUCCUAAAGGUGUGGAUAAUUCGCGUGUCGAAAGCACGCUUCUCGAUAAGGUGCCGUUAAGCAUCUUCAAAAUCGAUCAUGUUCUAAUUCCGGCAGGUUUUUUACCUCACUCGCCGGUGAAAUCUCCUCCGGUGUCGCCGUCGACGUCAUCUCCAGGAGCUGGACCCGCUCCGGCGGAUAGUCCGGAUGCGGAUACGGGGAAUAAUGAUAAUAAUAAGUCGAGCGGGGGAGUUAAAGCUUCGGUGAUGUUUCUAGCCCUAGUUACGGUGGCGGUUUCUGGUAUGAUUUCGUCUGUUUUUGGUUAA